CACCACGGACCACGGCAGAGGAAGAUUACUUCGAUAACUGCCGAAACGGAUCUAUUCCAGUUCAGUUCGGUAAGCUUAGCAGACAACACCUACCGGUCAAGAUGAUCAAAGCAGUAAUACUGUGCCUGUGCUUGGCCACUGCCUUCGCACUCAGUACAGAUAGCAAAGAUACACGUGUCGCUGGCGGAGUCAAUGCAUUAGCCGGAGAAUACCCGUACAUUGUUUCUAUCCAGCGUACUUUCCUGUUUGUAACCAGCCACAUUUGCGGAGGAAGCAUCCUGAACCCAUUCCAUGUUAUAACGGCGGCGCAAUGUUUCUUCAGCCAGACCAGUGGUCGAUUCCGCGUUCAAGCUGGCAAGCUUACGCUAAACCAGUUCGAGGCGACAGAACAGACUGUUAACGUUCUGAUGACCAGCAUUCACCCGAAUUACACUGGACAAGCGCUUAGUCCUUAUGAUGUGGCUAUUGUUCGCCUGCAAUCUCCGUUCGGCUUCAACGAAUUCAUUCAACCGAUUGUUCUGCCCAUCCUGAACACAGUUCCAGCAGGUAUUGUCCGCUUUGCCGGAUGGGGAUCUACUUCGCUGGGUCUUCUCCCAAGCACGCCAUCGUCACUGCAGCAGGUGCGUGUGGCAAUCUUCCCCAACCAGGAAUGUCAAUUGAUGAUGGGUGGGUUCCUUCCGAUCACCUCUGCAAACGUCUGUCUGGGACCCAUGACCGGAGGCAUCGGAGCAUGCAGUGGUGAUGCCGGUGGUCCAGUGGUUCAAGUCGUCAACAAUCAGAAUGUGCUCGUCGGUAUCAUUGCGUGGCAUACAACUCCGUGUGGCGUAGCGGGAGUUCCAUCGGUGGCCACCAAUGUGGCUGGCCUCAACGAAUGGAUCCUCGAGAACUCGAAAAUGAAACUUCUAGGACUAUUGGUGUGUUUGGUCGCCGCCGUUGCGGCUGCUCCUCACAAGGACUACAUCGAGCUGGCCCGUGGAGGACGCGUGGUCGGUGGAAUCAACGCUCUGCCCAAUGAGUUCCCGAGCAUCGUUUCGGUUCAACGACUGAUCCUGACCCUGUCGGCCCACAUCUGUGGUGGAACCAUCAUUAACCAACGCUUCGUUCUGACCGCUGCUCAUUGUAUCACUGAAUCGCCUGAGAAUGCCCGCUUUGCUAUUUGGGCUGGAUCGCACGAUAUUACCGUUGCUGAAGCUAACCGUCAAAACAUCAACGUUGAGGAGACCAUCGUUCACCCGGAAUACCUCGGUGGAGUGAACCCAUCGGAUGUUGGUCUUAUGCGUCUGCAGAGCUACCUGAACUUCAACGCCUUUGUCCAAGCAGCAACUCUGCAGCCGGGCGGUUCUCACGCUCAGCCUGGACCAGCUACUCUUGCCGGAUGGGGAAGCACCUCCACCACAACCGUUCCUUCCAUGCCCGCCAUCUUGCAGAAGGUCGUGAAGCCCAUCAUUGACUACGAUACUUGCACAGAAGCCAACGGAGGACCAGGAAAUAGCCCACUGGGACCAACCAACGUCUGUACUGGACCUCUAACUGGAGGAGUCUCUGCCUGCUCUGGAGAUUCCGGUGGUCCACUGUUCGUCAUCGCCAAUGGUGUGCAGACUCAGGUCGGCAUUGUGUCUUGGGGAUGGAUGCCUUGUGGAUCGGUUGGACGCCCAUCGGUCUACGUUGGCAUUUCUCACUAUCGUGAUUGGAUCGAUACAAACUCAGCGUAAAUAGACUGUUUCGUUUGCAAUAAACUGCAUAUUUGA